CUGCCCUGCCGGCGUGGGGAGACCCGGCCCGGAGCCAUGGCGCUGCCCCUCGCCCUGGGGCUGUGCUGGGGGGCGCUGGCGGCAGCAGCGGCGGGUGAGUGGGGCAGGAGUGAGGCGGGGGAGCCCCACAGCUUGGACAUCCUGAUCACCGGGCUGAACGAGCCGGACGGGACUCACAGGUUCUUCAUGCUCGCCCGGCUGGACGGGCUGGCGCUCGCCUCCUACAGCAGUGACACCCGCGAGGUGAAACCCCUCAGGGAGUGGGCAGCGCAGGCCGUUGGCGCGAGCUAUUUAAGGAAGAAGACGCAGGAGUUCAGGCUCUAUGAGGCCAUCUCCCGAGUGGUGACUCACCGGUGGAUGGCGCAGCAAAAUCAGACCGGCGGAACCCACACCCUGCAGCUGCACGUGAACUGUGCACUGGACGGGGACACCCCCGUGCGAGGGCAGUUUCACUUUGCUUUCGAUGGGCAGGAUUUCCUCAUCCUGGAGAGAGACCAAUCCGUGUGGGUGCCGCUGGCACCGGGAGCCUCCAACGAGACGCACUUCUGGAACGCUGGCCACACCUGGACCCUGUUUGCAAAGGAGUUCCUGCAGGAGGAGUGCGUGGACACCCUGAGGAGCCUGCUGCGGGGCGGGAUGGAGGCUCUGGGACGGCAGGUCCCCCCAGGGAUCUCGGUGACCUACAGAGACGCCCCCCACGGCUCCGCCACCCUCUCCUGCCAUGCCAGGGGCUUUUACCCGCGUCCCAUCCGCGUCUCCUGGGUGCGGGAUGGGACGGAGAUCCUGCCGCCCAUGAAUGCCAGCGGGAUCCUGCCCCACGCCGACGGCACCUACCAGAUCCGGCAGUCCCUGGAGAUCCCCUCGCGGUGGGGCCACGGCUACGCCUGCCGGGUGAACCACAGCAGCCUGGGGGAGCCGGUGCCCACCACGGCCCUGCCCGAGGUCUCAGUUUCCCGCAGAGACGCCCCCGACGGCUCCGCCACCCUCUCCUGCCGCGCCAGGGGCUUUGACCCGCGUCCCAUCCGCGUCUCCUGGGUGUGGGACGGGAAGGAGACCCCAGCGCCCCCCACUGGCGACGCGUCCCAGCUCCAGAGAUCCGUGGGGAUCCCGCAGCAGGGCGGGGACGGGCACAGCUACUCCUGCCGCGUGCAGCACCGCGCACCCGGGGAGAUGGGGGGCCUGGCCCCCGGGAUCCUGGCCGCCCUCGGCCUCGCUGCGCUGACUGGGGCCGGCGCCGCACUGGCUGGCGUCGUGGUGUGGAGGAGAAAGCGCCCGGACUCCGGCAGAAGCAGCUUCGCCCUGACUGCCAGGCGCCACAGCCUGGCCGUGCUCGUCACAGCCGUCACCCACGAAGACGGGACCUAUCACUUCAUCAUGAUCGCCCGGCUGGAUGAUGUUAAGAUCGCGCACUACAGCAGUGACACGCAAAAGGUCAGAGCCACCCAGGAGUGGGCAGAACAGGCCCUGGGCGCUGAGUAUCUCCAGGAAAAGACCCAGCAGUUCUGGGGGUUUGAGGAGGGCGCUAGAGGCGAUACCAGAUGGUGGAUGCAGCUGCACAACCAGACGGGCGGGAUUCACACUGAUCAGGUUCACGUGGGUUGUGCGCUGAGCGACCAGGCCCCCGUGGACCCGAGGUUCCAGUACGCCUACGAUGGGGGGGACUUCAUCAGCUUUGACAACCAGACCGGGACGUGGGUCGCGGCUGUUCAGCCGGCUGUCCUCCAGAAGCAGCUCUGGGAGAUGGACAAGUUUUGGACUCAGUAUGUCCGGUGGUACCUGCAGCACGAGUGCCUGGAGACCCUGCAGAGCCUGGUGCAUCGGGGGAGAGAGGUCCUGGAGCAGCAGGUCGUGCCGGAGAAGUAUUCCAGCGGGAUUCUGCCCAACGACAUUCACUCGUACUACACUCAGUCAUCCCUGGAGAUCUCCCCGCAGCAGGAGGACGGGCACCGCUAUGCCUGCCGGGUGGAGCACAGCAGCCUGGGGGAGCCCGUGCUCGUCUGGGCCCCUGGGAAGAAGGGCCCCCUGCACCCCUGGGUCCUAGUCGCCAUCGUCCUGGCCGGGCUGGUUCUGGCUGGUGGAGCCGUAGGGGCCGGCGUCAUCCUGUGGAGGAGAAAAUCAGCAGGGCCCCACAAACCCGGCUACGCUCCAACAGCCACAGGGGUUGGAGAAGAUUCUGCCACCAUCUGCAUCAGGAGCAGACCCCCGGCGUGUGGGACCCCAGGGCGUGGGGCAGAAUGACCCUGCCCCAGCUGCUGACCCCACUGGCUAGGAGAGCUCCCGCCCAUGGAUCCUGUCUGCCCUGGGGAGAUUCUAGCUAGGGGCGUCUCUCUUGUUUUUCAACACACCUGCUUUGGUUCAUUCUAAGUGCUCACAAGGGCCGUGCAUUGUACAGGAGCCGCGGUGCGGGGAUGCUGUGCAAAGUGUCAGUUUGUAUCCGCCUCACAGCUACCAUGUGCCCACGCCUGGGGGCGUUAAAUGACUGGCGGGUGUUGGGGGGUCAGCGCUGGUCUUGGGGGCUCACAGCCCUUCUCUUGGGGAGGGGAUCCCUGGGCCAAAGAUGCGCCAGUCCCAAGGGCUACUGCCCAUCCCCUGGGGAGGGGAUCCCCGGCUCACCCCCCAAACCCUGGCCCUUCCCUUGGGUAGGGGAAUCCCGGCUCACAGACCCCCAACCUGGGGCUCCCUUUGUUAAUUUCAUCCCAUGGCUCCUGCAGAACCCAAGAGGAAACAGCUGCCCCGUGUGACCUGGGGCCUGUCCCUGCCACGCUGGAUCAGACCCAUUGGCCUGUCUAACCCGGUGUCCCUGGCCUCCCUGUGUCAGACCCAUACACCCGUCUGGCCUGGUAUUCCCUGCUGCCCUGCACCAGCCACCUGAAUUUACACCAGGGAUAAAUUGUGCCCAUAGACAGCAGGGUGGGGAUAAAGCUGUGUGCACCUGGGAGCAGUUCUCAGCAGGACAAGGAUACCUCUGGCCCUGUUUGGGAAUUGCCAAUUGUACAGUUCCCCUUUGCUGGGAUCCAGGGUUCCAGCCCUGCACCAGCGCUAGGGUGUGGUAUUUAGUGUGUGUGGGGGG